AUGACACUUACCGUGGGAGUUCUGGCCCUCCAAGGCGCAUUCUACGAGCAUCUAAAACUCCUACACAAAGCCGCAACAACCCUAUCGCCCGACGACCCUAAAAAAUGGAAAUUUAUUGAAGUUCGUACACCAGCACAGCUGGACAGUUGCGACGGCUUAAUUAUCCCUGGUGGAGAGAGCACGACCAUCUCACUGGUUGCUGCUAGGUCUCAAUUACUCGAUCCGCUGAGGGACUUUGUCAAGCUCCACCGUCGACCGACAUGGGGCACAUGCGCGGGACUAAUUUUACUUGCGGAGUCGGCAAAUCGGACAAAGAAGGGUGGCCAGGAGCUCAUUGGUGGUCUUGACGUGCGCGUAAACAGGAACCAUUUCGGUAGACAGGCGGAGAGUUUUCAGGCACCGGUGAAUUUGCCGUUUUUGUCCGAAGUAUGCCAGGAGGCCCGUAACGGAUCCUCCCCAGCCAGCUUCAUGGGAGUAUUUAUCCGCGCACCCGUGGUAGAGAAAGUUCUUUCGUUUGAAGACGGUGUCCAGGUUGAAGAGCAGAGGAGGGAGGGGACGGUAGUUGCACCAUCGCGGCAGACGGAGGAUCCAGCUGCACUGAAAGUGAUGAGCAAUCACGUCGACGUGCUGGCGAAACUACCGGGUAGGGCGACCAGGCUUACUGGGGCGGGGGUGGAUAUCGAGGCUGAGGCGGAUGCUGGGGAUAUUGUUGCUGUGAAGCAGGGUAAUGUUUUUGGUACUAGUUUCCAUCCAGAGUUGACAGAUGAUCCCCGGAUCCAUAUCUGGUGGCUGCGACAGGUUGAGAAUGCGGUGCUGAAAUCCUGGGAUCCCGAAAAAUGA